AUGGCUCCCCUCCCGGAAGCCUAUUUUCCGUCCCUGGACAAGUGCUUCUCCGGGGACGUCCAACUCUUGUCCUGGCGGAGAGCCUUCCUCUAUACAUGCAACCCCGAGGACGAUCUCGAUGAUACGGGCAACGUCCAUGCCUUCCUGUCGCAUCCAGAUAGUGUCCGUUUACUUUCGAACUCCUUAAACCCUUUCCACCCCCCGUCCGCCAAGUCGAAAUCAGAUCUUGAAUCGAAGACUUCCGCGAUCCACGCCGAGACCACCUCGCAAGCUUCGUACGAUCUGAAGGAAAUCAAGGCAGAUGCUCUAUGGCUGAGUGAGAAGGCUGGCAUCGACGAGAUUACAGCGUUGCGGAUUGCAGUCUUAGAAUGGCAAAAUCGACCUGCCGCGCGCCUUCUAACUCGAUUUUCUGAAGAGGAGGUUACGAGUUUGCAAAAUGCUGCUGGGGUGGAUAAUUUGCGUGUUUCCCUGGCCGGUCCAAACUUCACCGAGAUUCUUAGGCAAGAAGCGGGAAGUGGGCUCAAUGUCUCUGAUCUGACUUCUGAGAAGAGUAGACGCCUGCGGUUGCGCAAUCUCUACAUUUCCGAAAGAGGUCACGUUGUCAAGACAGCUCGUAAACUUCUUACCCUAUCACUGUACAAUAGCCGCCAAGAUGAGCCUGUUUUGUCCCAAGCACGUGGAAAUGACCGGAGGUAUUCGCUGCAUGAACUCGGUGCGACCAUUUUCACAAACAAGUCCGGCGGGGAAGAUUGGCGCAAGUUCCUCCAAGAAUGCAUCGACGCUGUGCGCAGUCGGCUAUCAUCGUUGGAGGGAGAUGGUGGCUGGUUAGGAACUGCUGAGGGUAGUGAGGAGGUGGAAGACACAUGGAGGACAAGUACUGUUGAAGAAAUCGUGCAUAUAAUCCAGAUGCUGUUCCUUCAACUGCAGGCCUCCUCGGAAAUACCAACUGCGGAUGCCAUGGUAUCAUGGCUGCGGUUGAUGGCCGACUAUGGCUUUCUGGAGUCGUUGCAAGUGCCUUGCAGUGACCCGACAGAGGUCCAGCUGUCUCUCCAGGGCCUUGUGUCUAUAACAAGUCUUAUAUUCCUGAAACUUCCGCUUUCCAUUCCUUUCAUAGUCAACAAAUCCCAACCGCAGGCGUCAUCCAAACCACCUUAUUUCCUAUCAAAGGAUGAAGUUUCGCAGCUUAAUGAAUUGUUCACAACUGCAUGUGUAGAUUUCAAGUCUGCUCACCCGGCCGCGUUUUCCUGGGGACUAGUGCUGCAUACCAUGCGAGAGCUAGCACUCAACGAUAAAGAGAGUCGAGAGCUAGAACAGUUUCACAGUGCAGUUGAUUCCUUCCAGUCAAACACUCCGCAUGCCAGUCCGGGCCGGGGGUUGGAACUAUCUUUGUACGAGGAAUUGCUAGACUGCGCUCGGACCUUCAAAUACACCGUGGAUGAUUCCAUUACACUCCUGAGCUCAGAUAUGAUGAAAGACACCGUGUUUGAGACUGUCAUUGCGUUGGCAACCAAAGUCGGGUCUACAUCAGCAGUUGAUGAUAUUUUGGCAAGUCGAUGGAUUCGCGUGGCUCUUCUGGACCUAAUCCGGGUCGUAAUAAUGUUCUUGGAUUAUUCCCCCGAAAUUGUUGAGUCCGUCCUCGCAAUACUGACGGGGUCACCUUUGCAAUCGCCCUGGGCCUCCGACACGUCCCCAUCUUCCUCCAGCGACCCGAGGUGGAUUUUUAUGAAAGAUCGCCUUUUAAUGGACAACAUAUUUCACAUAGCACGCUCCCGGUUUCCUUACGAGACGGUUCCCUUCCUAAAGCUCUGCCGCGCCCUCAUUAGCAAAGACCUUGUUAACGAGGAUGGCUUACCAGAAAUCAUCAAUCAGCUGGAAAAUCUGGAAACUUUCACGCAGGUCGUUCCACCAGACUUUCAGGGUUACGACACUAUUCGGGAGGAUGAAAAUGCGAACUAUGUCUCUCUUAUACAUUCCCUUCCGAUGUUUGACUCUUCACUGAAAAGACUACUUCCCGAUUCUCAACCGAGCAAUGCCUUGAUUGUCACAGGUUUGUCUGAAAUUCCUUCGACAACUGAGGGUCAAGUGGUUUCCGAGUCGAAACCAGUGGUAGUCAUGUGGCAUCAUCGAUACUCUUGCUUGAGCUUCUUGGGGAGCUGGUUAGAAGAAUGGAAUGAAAAUGGUGGCUAUUCAUCGGGAUGGGGAGAAGAUUCGAUUGCAGAAGUCAUAGGGCUACUAGCAGACCUUGUUACCACCGCCAAAGAUGUGCAAACACCAGGCGACGUGGGCUCUGGAGCCAGGAGAGUAUUGGAAAUGGCCAGUGAUGGGUUGUCUCGGCAAAGCGAUAUAGUUUCAUUGGUCUUUGAAAUAUUCGAACGCAACUUGCAGAACAUCGGCCCCCGGGCUACUUUGGACGGCAUUCUCGAUUCGACAAUUGCUUGCUUGCGGUUUAUUUGCGGUCUAGUCAUGGUUUUGCCUAGCAGAGUAUGGCCGUUGCUCGCACGGAGCAGCUUGCUUGGAGCCGAUGGAAAAGGCGGCGUAAUGACAGCAAUCGUCUCCGCAAUUGAGGUACCAUCUGGGGACUAUCCGUUUUUGCUUAGCUCCGUCAACUUGUUUGAACAACUUGUUAAUGAUGCGGCUUCACGUGCCGUUCUACGGAGGAGUCCGAAUAGUGCUGUGACCAAAUUGCCUGUUGCUUCGGAUUGGGGUGCCGGUGUUCCUUCACACAUAAUGAGAGGCAUUCUGCUGAACUUCGUUCGAACAGUGGUGGGGGUUUACAACAGCAACGUCAAUUGGCGGUUCAACUCACCGGACCAAAGGCUUCAAGUCAACACCACCCUUGCGCGGACGUUCGAGAACAUACUCUACUACGCAUAUGGAACCAACCAGACUGGCAAACUAGACACGAAAGUAACUGGCGUUUUCUCUGCAUCUGCGUCAUAUCUCCUAGAUGUCUUAAGGCCCCAGUCGGCGGCCGAUUUGCCCUUUAACCAAAUCCUACGAUUUAUCAUCGAUGGCCUUCAAACGCCUCCCACAUUAUAUCUCCGUUAUCUUGCGUUGGUAGAAGGUCAAGUCAAGUCAACCCUUGCACUUUCCAUCAAGUUGUUGCAGGCAGCCCAGUUGAUGGAACACCCAGUGUCGCUACUCGAGGACCAAUUAUUUAGGGCGACACCGGCCCUGGUCAAAAUAUACGCACUACAUGACGCCUAUCGUCUGCCUGUCAUAUCGCUCCUUGACAUGCUCAUAACUAGGGCAGCCGCUGAUUCCUUUAAUGAACCGCCAUCCCUGGUUGGUCAGCUUGGGGCAGAGUCGUCUUGUCUUUUCCUUGACGUUUUGUCGCAAUUUGAUCAACCACUGAGCCAUCGUCCUCUGCACCUCGCAGUAUGGCACUUGCUCUCAGCGCUCGUUAGCAAGCGCCAGCAGUGGCUUUCUGUUUACAUUCUCACUGGAUCAUCCCCGCGACAGUCAUUGAAGAAAGAUGAUACACGGAAAGCCCCAGCAAUGAGGGGCACUCCAUUUUUGCAAAUCGCCCUUGAUAAACUGUCCAAUAUCGAGCAGCUUGAUUUACAAGUGGCUGUUUCUUUACUUGAAUUUGUUUCGCAUGCACAGGAACAUUGGCCAUGGGCAACCCCAGAGUUAAGAAAAUACCCUAAUUUUUUCAACAGCAUUGUGAACUAUGUCUCGAAGUUGAAAAUAUCUUCCUUGCCUGUUGUGAGCCAAAUCCCCGCGACUCGUGUUGCGGCAGUGGUUGCAGAUCUCUGUGCCGUCUACCUACAUUCUGCCAAGGAAAUGCGAGAUCGGUCAUUCAUCAAGACUUUGAUCCCGCUGGUGUCUUGGUUUGCGAAGGAUGCUGUCGAAGUCUCGGGAUAUAACGCAUCACUGCAUGCGAACCUGAAGAAGAACUUCGAGAUGAGAUAUUCCGGCUGUAAGCUUGUUGACUUCAAGAGGUCAUCUCUCGAAACUCGUGGCUUGGGACGAGAAUAUUAUUACGACACUGCUCUGGGCGAGAAGUUACUUUCUUACGACUUCGCUUGGGCCGGAUCCAGAAACCAAGGGUUCGCGGAGGAGUUUGAGCGUGCCAAUAUCAACCUCUCUCUUGUUGAGGCGCAAGUUAGCCUUCUGCAUGGCUGGAAAUUCUUCGCCAUCGAGCACUGUGCGGACUUUAUGGCCGACCGCGAGGUUCAAAGAUCGAUGGCAUUGGUCGUCCAGAGUUCUUUGGAGGCCAAUACUCGAAGCGUUCCCCAAGAAUCGAUAUUUGAGAGGAUACAGCAGACACGGGUUGACUUCGCACAGGCUUUGCUUCAACGACUCGUUGAGGUUGGGGCAAAAGGCGCUGAGGUCUUUGGCUUACUCAAGGUCGCUUGGGAUACUUUAAGAACACGCCGUGCAACAUAUGAAGAAGCGCUUGUUAAUGAUGAUACGGAAUAUUACCGAUCUCUCCUUAAUGUCCUAUUCCUGGCCCUUCAAUUUCACGUUGAUGGACCUUCUCGGGCGGCCCCUGAGACGAUCAACAAGAAGGCUGAACUCUCAUCUGAUUUGACACAGGUCAUCGAAAUCACGAAGGUCGUUGUGGCACAAGGUUUUAAGGCCCUGACGACAUACUUGCACGAUGAUCCAGAAAAAUGCACACCGAAAGAUUUUGCCAUCCUCACUGCCAUCUUGCAGACUUGUCUCCAGGUCAAGAAUGCGGAUCGGCUGCUUGAGCACAUCGUGUUCCACAUUCAGGAUAAUGAUACUGCCCGGUAUGCUACUACGCUUUUCUCGUGGGCCGAUCAGUUGGCGGUGGCUGGCGAUCCCAUCUACGGUGACCUUAGUAUCUCGUUCCUCGUUAAGCUGUCUACGAUUCCCAUGUUAGCAGAACAUCUCGCCGUUGAAGGGGUCUUGAUGAGGCUUUCUACCUGCCGGUUAACAAAUGUUCUCCGCCAGUCCAAGGGAUUUGGACCGUUUGACCCUGUUCCCCGGCUAUACACUAUCUGGACCAGCGGUAUUCUACCGCUUUGUCUGAACCUGCUCUACCACGUCAUGCGGACUGCACCGGAGGUGGCAGCGUUCCUCAAUCAAUUUGAGGGCCAACUCGGCCGUGCAGCAGAAUCAUUCUCCGCAGGUCGCGCAACGGCUGGCACUUCAGUUCCCGCGCCCCAUCGCAUCUGCCUAAGUAUGGCUUCUGAAGCCAACUCCCUUGCAUUGAUCACCUUCAUUCUGGACCGAUUCCGGGAAGCCGGCGCCAGCGCAGGUGUUGAUGCGUCGUCGAUCCAGGAACUCAAAUGGGACAAGGGACAGGUCAAGGAGGACAUUGAGGAGCUGCUGGAGCGGAAACAAACGCUUCGGACUCGGAUUGUGGCUACGAAUGACAAGGAGGUGGAGAUGGCGCGACAGAAGCCUGCCAGUGCUUCGUCUGGUGCGGAGAACCGACUUGAGGAGAAAAUUAUCGGUGAACUGGGGGCCGCAUUGCUUUGUCUUGGGGGUGAAGAGUAA